AUGGGGGAGUGCAAGUGCUGCAAUGACCUGGGGUCAAGCCCCAAGUACCAGCUGUGCUUGACCAUCACGGUUGGCAUCCUCUUUGUCAUCUUGAGCUUGCACGGCAUCGCUGUCGCCAUCACGGUGAAUUUCAACCUCUCGGACGCAGCAACGGCCGAUAUGAGCCAUCCAGACUGGGAGCAGGCCGAAGCGAACUAUUCCUUCUACGAAAGCUCCUUGGUCGCCGCCUACUUUGCCGGUCAAAUUGUGGGUGUGCUGUGGCUCGUUACCUGCAUCUCUCGAUGUUGCGCGCCCUGCUGCUGCGAGUUGCCCGAUGUGGAGUGCCCCUGCUCGCCCUGCAAGCUCUUCCACGUCAUUGAUUUGUGCUUCUUUGUGGGGUUCUUUGUGGCUCUGUGGCCCGUGAACAUUUGGUACCAGCUAAACGCAGUGCCGUAUGAUGAUUGGGCAGCUCCUUUCAAGGAAGAGUCCUUCUCCAUGUUCACGGAUGUUGUCCUAGUGCUGGGCCUCAUCAUGCUCCUGGCCGCCAUUAUUUUGGGAUGCGUGAAGUACCGGCAGAUGCUCAAGAAGAGUGCUCCAUACACCCCCACGGUCACUCCUCCACCGUACAACCCCGCAGCGGCUCCUCAGGUGGUCGGUUCAGCCGUGGUUGUGCAGGCCAAAGUGGUGGAAAGCAAUGAGGAUGUGUAA